AUGGCGUUCGCGGUCGCGGUCGCGGUCGCGUUGCCGGCGUCGGCCUUCCCGUCCGGCUUGCCGCCUGGUGCGCCAUCGUUCCCGAACCCGUGGGCGGCGUUUCAGAACCUCUCUGGCUGUCACAUGGGCGAGGAGCGGCAGGGCCUGGCCGGGCUCAAGGACUACCUCAGCCACUUCGGCUACCUCCCGCCGCCGCCGUCGUCGUCCCCGUUCAGCGACGCGUUCGACCAGGACCUGGAGGCGGCUAUCGCGACGUACCAGCGCAACUUCGGGCUCAACGCCACCGGCGCGCUGGACCCGUCCACCGUCUCGCAGAUGGUCGCCCCUCGCUGCGGCGUGGCCGACGUCAUCAACGGCACGUCCACCAUGGCGAGGAGCUCCUCUGCGGACAACCACGGAAGGCACCUGUACGCCUACUUCCCCGGCGAGCCGACGUGGCCGCCGUUCCGUCGGGACCUCAGGUACGCGAUCACCGCGACGUCGGAGACGUCCAUCGACCGGUCCACGCUGAGCGACGUCUUCGCGCGCGCCUUCUCCCGGUGGGCCGCCGCCACCAACCUGCGGUUCGCGGAGACCGCGUCGGAGUCCGACGCCGACAUCACCAUCGGCUUCUACGCCGGAUCGCACGGCGACGGCGAGCCGUUCGACGGGCCCCUGGGCACGCUCGCGCACGCCUUCUCGCCCACGGACGGCCGGUUCCACCUCGACGCCGCGGAGGCGUGGGUGGCUGGCAGCGACGUGUCGCGCUCGUCAACUACCGGGGCGGUGGACCUGGAGUCCGUGGCGGUGCACGAGAUCGGCCACCUCCUGGGGCUCGGCCACUCCUCGGUGCCCGACGCCAUCAUGUACCCGACGAUCCGGACGGGGACGAGGAAGGUGGAGCUGGAGGCCGACGACGUCCAGGGGAUACAGAGCCUGUACGGGAGCAACCCAAACUUCACGCCGACGUCGCCGGCGACGAGCAGCCGCGAGAUGGACAGUAGCGCCGGCGCGGGAUGCCAACCGGAUAGAGUCUUCGUCGUAGUAGUUGCGGCAGUUGGCCUGCUCCUAGUCACAGUGCCGUAG